AUGUUUAUUCGUGGUGGACCUCCAGAUUGCAUUGGUGCUGGUAAUUCCUCCGGAUGGAUGACCGAAAAAGAAUUUUUAAUUUUUAUGGAUCAUUUUAUCAAACACGCAAAACCCACCAAGGAAGAGCCAGUUCUGUUGCUACUAGAUAACCAUAGCUCACACGUGAAUAUUGGAGUAGUUGAAAAAGCCAAAGAAAAUAAUGUCAUCAUGUUAUCGUUUCCCCCGCACUGCUCCCACAAUUUGCAACCUUUAGACGUAGGAGUGUACGGUCCUUUUAAAAAUUACACAAAUAGGGCACAGACAGCAUGGAUGCACAACAAUCCGGGGAAAACGAUGACAAUAUAUGACAUCCCAAGUAUUGUGAAAGAGUCAUUACCACUUGCCCUGAACCCUACUAAUAUUAUGAGUGGAUUUAAAGCUUCUGGUUUAUGGCCUUUGAAUGCUGAUAUUUUCCAAGACUCCGACUUUGCGCCAUCUUAUGUUACUGAUCGUCCAGAUCCUACACAAGAGCCAGAUGACGUAAAUGUCACAGAUAAUAUAUCUUUGAAUCUUGAAAAUCCAGAACUAUUAGAUUUUGUCUACUGUCUGCUCCGGUCUACAAAAAACUUUCUCGCCAUCGAAGAUUAG